AUGACAAAAGACAAUAUUGAUUCUGUUGAUUCAGCUAAGAAUUUCUGUACUGUUUCAGGAAGACCGCUAGUUAUUGGAACUGGUACUGGUACCAAAUGGCAAUGGCUCAAGAAGGGUAGACCGAUUGAAGAAAGAAAUAAGCCAAUCCAAGAGUUGAUUGACCAAUUGUUGUUAGCUUUGAAUAAUGGCUACUAUCACAUUGAUACUGCCGAAAUUUAUACAACUCAUCCCGAAGUCGCAGAAGCUGUGAAGCAAAGCGGUAUUAAGAGAGAGGAUUUAUGGAUUACCAGUAAGUAUAACCCAUACCGUCAGGUCACUGCAGCCGAAGCUAUCAAAUCGACAUUAGCAGAGUUACAGACUGAUUAUCUUGAUUUAUACUUGAUUCACGCACCUUUUUUUGAGGAUGAAGCUUCCUAUAGUAUUGAGAUGGCUUGGAAAGAGAUAAUUGAGGCCAAGAAGCAGGGAAAAAUUAGAUAUAUCGGAGUUUCAAACUUUUCGAUACCUAAUUUGGAGAGAAUUUUCAAGGCAUUUGAACCGGAGUUUUAUCCUGUGGUAAACCAAAUUGAAUUCCACGCCUACUUACAAAAUCAAAGUGCCGGUAUUACUGAUUAUUGCAAAAAGCGCAACAUUCUUCUCGAAGCCUAUGCUCCUUUGACACCAUUAUUCAGAAUUCAAUCAGGUGAAGCUGAUACCGAAGGAGAUCCGUUGAGAAAAAUCUUACCAGCUUUGAGCGACAAGUACCAGAAAACAGAUUCGCAAAUCUUGUUAAGAUAUGCUUUACAAAAAGGAUAUUUACCAAUUACUACAUCUUCCAAGGUUCAAAGAAUUAGAGAGACCUUGGCUAUUUACGAGUUUGAAUUAUCUGCCGACGAUGUUGCUUUGAUUGACAAACAGGGUUCAACCUUUCACUUUAGAAGCUUUUUCAAUUCGAAUUUUGACUAA